AUGACUUCAAUAGGUCAAGAUCUUAUUUUUGCCUCUCUUCUCUUCUUCUUGCUUCUCUAUCCUUCUCUUGGUGUUGAUGUUGUUGGUGCUGGUACUGGUGCUGGUGCUUUGAACUCUGCUCUCUUCCCUCCUGCUCCUCCUCCCCCCAACUAUUUUCGCAUUUUUGACCAUUUGGCAAGUCUUUUCUCUGACUCUCACUUCCUCCUGUCUGAUCCUCUCCUUCUAGCUCCCUUCCCUCCUCUUCCCUCAAGAAUUUUCGCAAUUUUCACUAUUUGUUCUCUUGCCUCUUCCUCCUUUAUUAGUUUACAUGUAUUGUAGUAGUUGAAAUAUAAUUUGGAAUUUUCGCUUU